CGUAUAUCUAGGUGGUAUGCGCAUUGUGUCUGAACCACGUUAUGAGGUUGAAAGGCUCUCCGAGCUACUGUAGCCAUGUCACGCCUUCGAAUACCGCGCACAUCUGCUUGGAGGGCGAGGCCAGCGGUACAAUCCUAUUUCAACUGCCAGCUUCGAGGAACCCAUACGGACCACCAACACAAUAUCAACUCGCUUGACUCUAUCCUGAUCGCGAAUCGAGGCGAGAUAGCGAUCAGAGUUAACCGCACUGCAUCUAAGUAUGGCAUUCGGACAACUACUCUGUAUACGGAUCCUGACGCUCGAUCACAACACGCCCAUUCAUCCCCAUUUGCCUUCAACCUCGGCGCUACUGCCGCCUACCUCGAUCAAGACAAGAUUCUAUCGAUAGCGAAAGAGCAGGGCUGCCAGGCGAUACAUCCAGGCUAUGGCUUCUUGUCUGAGAAUGCCGACUUUGCCCGAAGAUGUGCGGAAGAGGGCAUCACCUUCAUUGGGCCUCCAGCGAGCGCCAUCGAGGACAUGGGAGACAAAGCAAGGAGUAAGGAGAUAAUGAAUGCGGCCGGGGUACCAUGCGUGCCUGGAUAUCAUGGAAGCGAUCAAAACCCAGACACCCUUGCACAAGAGGCAGAGAAAAUCGGAUACCCAGUUCUCAUCAAAGCCGUCCGUGGUGGAGGGGGUAAAGGUAUGAGAAUAGUCAAGAAUCCUCAAGAGUUUUCAGAUAUGCUCGAGAGCGCCAAAAGUGAAGCACGAAACUCAUUCGGUAACGACGAGGUCCUUGUAGAGAAGUACAUUACGACACCACGACAUAUUGAGGUCCAAGUCUUUGCGGACAAGCACGGAAAUUGUGUUGCACUUGGUGAGCGAGACUGCUCCAUUCAACGAAGACACCAGAAGAUACUCGAGGAAUCACCAGCGCCAGAUCUAGAAGAUGGAAUUCGCAAAGAUAUCUGGGAGAAGGCUCGUGCUGCUGCUUUGGCCGUCAACUAUGAAGGUGCUGGAACCGUUGAGUUCAUCUUCGACAAUGACACUGGGGAAUUCUACUUUAUGGAGAUGAACACCCGACUCCAGGUCGAGCACCCGGUUACAGAAAUGGUUACAGGGCAAGAUCUUGUCCAUUGGCAAAUCCUGGUCGCGGAAGGCAAACCGCUGCCGCUAACUCAGGCGGAAGUUGAGGAGCAAAUCUCUCAACGUGGCCAUGCCAUUGAGGCCCGCAUCUAUGCCGAAAAUCCAGACAAAGGCUUCAUCCCAGAUUCAGGGAAGCUCAUACAUGUGCGGCUACCCAUCGAAACGGAAGAUGUACGUAUCGAUAGCGGUUUCGUCGAGGGAGAUGUAGUGUCCAGCCAUUAUGACCCUAUGAUUGCGAAACUGAUUGUUCGAGGACCAAACCGAACCGAUGCUCUUCGUAAGUUGGCCCUGGCCUUGCGAGAUUAUGAAGUUGCAGGACCAGUCACGAACAUCGACUUUGUCAAACGAGUAUGCCAGUCUCCAGACUUCAUGUCCGGCCAGGUUGAAACUGGUUACAUCGAAAAGCAUCGACCAGAGCUCUUUGCACCAGCCCCCAUCACAUCAGAAGUGCUCGCCGAGGCGGCAAUAGCCUCGUAUCUACAUACUACGAGCCACAACAACUCCCCGACAGCGUUGUCAACUUCGACAGGCUCUUCGACUUCAUGGCUAAAUACCACGUCCGACUUCCAGCCUCGGACUUUCCACUUCCAUUCUGCUGAUUUCGAGCAAGGCCCGGGCAAAAGCCCAGACGUUCACACCGUUGAAGUUCACCAAACAAGCCCUGGCCAAUUCUCCGUUCGACGCCCUUCUGAUUCAACGCCCAUCAGUGUAUCCUCCUCCUUUGACGCCUCUACGAAUACUUUGACAACAUAUUUUCCUCAUACACGUCACACAUCGCGCGUAGUAUUCGGCCCGUCGAAUACUGCUUCUGCAGGAGCAAUUCACCUUUUCACACCUGACGGCUCUUUCCGUCUGGCACCAUCUCAACCAUCGUGGCUUGCUAAAGCCCUCGGUGUGACGGAAAAGGCAAACUCACUGCUUGCUCCUAUGCCUGCCAAAAUUCUAAGAGUGAUGGUCAGAGCGGGAGAUGUAGUGACCAAGGACCAACCACUCCUAGUCAUCGAGAGUAUGAAGAUGGAAACAGUUAUCCGGAGCCCGGCUUCCGAUAUGACUGUGAAACGGGUCGUUCACGGAGAGGGCGAGGUCGUCGGUAGCGGCGUUGAGCUAGUCGAGUUUGAAGGGGAAUCGAGUGACAACAUGGGUGAACCUUGAAAGCUGCCAGAUAAAUAUAGAAGCCAUAGUAGGCGACUAGUACGAUCAAUAUCAACAGAUCGCUGGAUAGAAAAACGAGUGAGCACGAGCAGAUCGAAGUACAAAUUGGGAGGGUUUUUCAUUCCUAAACACGUUACGACAGUUCGUCGCUUUCGGGGUUUCAUGCCAUAUUGGUUCAUUAUCUUCAACAUUCCUCCAUCCGGGUAAGACUCUGCCCAUGGGAUUCACAGCUCCUAUUACGGGCAGGAGUGGAACUCGGAUUGAACCAUCAUUUCUUCAAGACUACCUGAGGUAAUGCUCCGUACGGCAUACUCUUUGCGAGUACACGCACAAGCAACCGAGCGUGUGGCGUAGCGAUCGACUUGGGCACGACUUUUCACCACCAGCGAACUGGUGAAUGUUCUCCUGGAUUCUUUCGCAGGGAAUAUUGCAUCACCAGAGAAGUUCUUGGAGGCCAAUCAACACCACAGGACACCACACCCUCAAUAAUAACAAUCACGUUUUUCGUCCUGUCUACGCACGUUCUGGCAUGGGGAAUCCAGGGAGACGGACCCUGGCGGGCCAAGCUAAGGGAGGGUGUCCCUGCCGAUCUCGAAGCUCAGGAACCUCAGCCCCCUGCGUCAUCAUGGAUCGACUAAACCACACAUACGAGUAUGUACUCGUAGCAGUUAUUCGUCUUUCGAAGCGGAGUACAAUAAUGGCUGCUCCUUGUGUCGGAGGAUCUUUCGAUGACCACCUCCCGACUGACGUGAGCGAAAAGGUUUGAUCUUGGCCCAAGCUACGGUUAUUGGCAUCUGUCGUGCGAGCACAAACAACCGAGUUGGGCAGACGUACGUUGUUUACCUGUGUUACCUCAAGACUCCUACGAAGAUGUGUCAAUUCAAUAUGACGUGAGUUGGGCAGGAAAAGUCUAUCUCUAUACGGAUAUCGGGCCAGCAUUUUAGGCCGACAAGUACGGAGUAGGUAAGGCAGCUCCUGCUGAGAUCACGCCAGAACGAGGAUCGGAAGAUGAAG